UUCGUCAUUUACAAUCUGUGGCUCCAUUCACUGUUGCGAAGAAGUAUCGAAGACUCAGAGCUUUUUCCCCAAAUUAAAAAUCCGAUCAAGAAACCACCGGUCAACUUAAGAAUUGUUCGACGCAAUCAUAGCUAGGAUGAAGGACCUGUUAUGAUAACAUCAUUUCAUUCAUUAAUAAAACUGUCAGUAAAAUUCAUUUCAAUGUUUUGCGAUUCCAUUCACGGGACGAAUUAGGGAUAUACGUUUCUAUGAUUUCAGCAGAGAUAUUUUUCCGGAAGAUUUCAGACUUCUUCAGACUGAAAAAUGGCUCUAAUGGCAACGCACUACAACAGCUACCCAAACCCCAUCAGCCCCACAAGUAUCCAAAAAUGCAAAGUGAAGCCUUGGAUGUGUCUCUGGCUAGUUGGAGAGAGGGACCAAGUUGGUGCACACUCACAUGCAGCAUAUGAUAACGAUGAAGUUGAUUUGGAUAACAUCCUAUCAUUACAUAAUGAAAUGGAGGGAGAUGAUGAUGACAUGGAUAAUACCGAGCAUGCCUUUAAGUUAUGUGAUGUGUUAUUCCAACCAAAUGAUGAAGAUGAAAUAGUGGGUGGACAGUCUAACAACAUGAAGAACACUUUUGUAUUUUGCUACUGAGCAUGUCCUUCAGUUAUGUAUGAAUGACCUCUGGAUUUAUGUAUGUAUUUUUCUUUUUCUAAUACUUUGUGUAAGGUUUUAUGGAAAGAGUGGGCAGCAUUUUUGCUAGAAACGAAUUUUUGGCUGCAGUGAAUGUAUUCUGACCAAGUUUAGUAUAUAUAAGAUGUCAUUUUAUCAUAUGAAUGUCAUGUGUGAGUGAGUGUAUAUGUUAAUAUGGUG